UUACUUGAAUCUUCGAAUAUGAAUAUCUAAGAUAAGAUAAAUUCGAAUUGUGCGUCAUGUUUAUUUUUACUUUUUUUAAAAAUUACACAAACGAUGGUGUGUCACAAGUCAACUAUUCUAUAAGCUCAUAUUUGAACUGUGAAACAUGUAUAAUAAACACUUGUGCAUAAAAAAUGAUGACUAGUUUUUAACUGUAGAAAUGAUAAAAAUCGGAAAUAAUUCAAGCUAAACGUAGGAUGACAUUAGAACCGAUUUAGAGGUUAUGGAGUUUUGGUAUUAUUAAAUACCAAAAAUAAUUGCCAAAUAGUUUGAUAUCAUUGUUUAUAUUCAACAUGCGCAGGUGCGUACAAUAUUUAAAGCAGGCAACAUUGUUAUGUAAAUAUAAUGUCUUUGAUUUGAACACGCAGCGGAUGUACAUAACACAAAUAAACGGCAAAACCAAAGAAUAUGAAGGUCGCAAAUUAGUAGGGUUUUCAAUGGAAAAAAUGUUCUAUGUGGUCGCCGAUGUAGAAAAUUACAAGAACUUUUUACCAUUUUGCAAAAAAUCUGAAGUUACUUUGAAAACUGAAGACUUUCUAAAGGCCAAUUUAGUAAUAGGAUUUCCUCCCAUAAAUGAAAGUUAUACUUCAAAGGUAACUAUGAUAUAUCCGAGACUAGUUAAAGCAGAAUGUAGGGAUGGCAGAUUGUUUGAUCACUUGGAUACUUUGUGGCUUUUUAGCCCCGGAUUGAAAAACAAUUCUGAUACAUGUGUGAUUGACUUCUCCCUCUCCUUCAAGUUUAAAUCUGCUAUUUACUCACAAUUGUCAAAUUUAUUUUUUAAUGAAAUUGUAAGACAAAUGGAAAAUGCAUUUCUCCAAGAAGCCAGGAGAAGAUAUGGCAAGCCGUGUUUAAGAACGGUACAACUGGAAAGAUGAUUAAAAACUGAAGAGAUUGUUUGAUGCGAAUAACACAUGUACAUAAUGUAAUAAAUUUAAUUAUUGAUCGCAAAGAGCGCUCACACGUUCGAUUAUGACUCGUCGAAUUAAAAUUUAAAAGUAUAUAAUAAAGGGGGCAAAAUUCGCAUGUUUUGUCACAAGUGGCGUCUCUACCAGUAAAAAGAUUUUAUUUCUAUAAACGAAGAUGUUAAAACUAAAAUCCCUAGAAAUCGUGAACUUCUAUUGGACAUCGGGUUUCGCGUGCAUAUUACACGCCGAUGAAAAUUCUCCAUAACGUUUCUGUGUGUAGAUUUUUUCGAUGUACAGUUAUCUUCUGUUAUCUGUUACGUAUUCCCAUAUGUGCACAUUUGCACGAGUAUUAUAUUAGACGGGAGAUGUAUCAAGUUCGUGUGUCAGACGUACGAAUUACAUUCUUGUAACUUGUUGCGAGUUAUAUAUAGCUUUAUAUGUACGAUUCCAUCAAAACACAUUUGACCGAGAUAUUGUGAAUUUGAAUGCUUUGGAAUUUUCAUUUAAACAUUUCUUGGUUUUUACGCAAAAGUUUUUUUUUUACCGCAAAACCAAAAUCCGAAUCUUACAUAAUUUACUUUUUUUUUUUUUUUAUAUAUAUAUAUAAAUUACGUGUAUAUUUUUAUACAGUGCAGAGUUUGUAACAACACAUUUCGUGUGAACGAUGUUUGACUCGUGUAUAGAGUUCUCGUUCAUUUCAUUAGAAUCGUUAGUAGCAAGUCCACAACGGUUCCACAGGUGAAGCUGUGAACGUCGGUCCAGUUCAAAAAGCAGACUUUCAUUCGCGCUCAAGGCCACAAGUGCCGACAUAUCCCCGGCGGAGUCUCUCCCGUAAGUCGUAGUUGCGCGCGUCGACAGUGUACAUAUAUAUGCAUACAUACACACGACGGUUGAAAUCACGCGUUCCGCGAGUAAAUCAUAUCAUCGGCAUCAUCCGUAUCGUCGGUUGUCGCGUGUGUUUCACGAGAAGCGGUGUCCGAAGCGCGCCAGAUCGGUGCACCAUUGGAAUAGCAAUGAACUACGCAACGAGCGAUAGGUGUGGCGCGUGAAAAAGGAAAGGCGCGCGUCGCCAGAGUGUCGCGAGAGUGUAAGUUCAGUGCGCACGUGUGCGUCUCUCUCUCUCUCACAAGAGAGAAUCUCGGGGAUGAUCGAGGGAGAAUGAAGAUAGCCCCGACGAGACUCGCAACGUCAUUUCGAAUCAUCAAGGCGCAUCAUCGUCCCUCCGAAGAGUUCGCGCGAUUAAUGUGCGUGUGUGGAUUUUCGUAGGGACAUUCCACCGCAGGGCCCUUCACGCAUUGUACAGUGGCGCGUGUUAUUUUUCGCGAAGCGUGUUGUUUCUGCGCCUAUGCGUCUCCAUUCGUCGCGCGGUGAUCUUCGUAGUAGCGGUGGAGGGGCCCUCACGGUGACAACGGCGGCGGUGGGGAAGGACGCGAGGCGCCGGGGGAACUCCGCGCGCCACGAGCGAGAGAGUGAGGUUAUCCCGUGUGCGUGUUCACCUCUCGCUUUCUCUCUUCCUCUCUCUCGCACGUGCGUCCCGAUAACUGCUGCGUCUCGCUCGCUCCCGUCUUCGUCGCGCUCGCGCUAGCUAGCUCGCUCGCCCGUCUGUCCGUCCGUC